CCAAACGCUUUGGUCUUCGUCUUCGUCUUCCUUCUUUCUUUUCUCUCCGCACCGAACUUCAGAGCUCCCCAGAAAAUAAAGAAAUGGAUUACUUCGAUUGGAUCCCCGACCCGCUCAUCCUCCAAAUCUUCAACUCCGUCUCCGACGUCAAAACGCUAGCCCGGUGCCGCGCAGUCUCGCGGCGGUUCAGCUCCCUCGUGCCCCAGUCCGACUCCCUCCUUCUCCGCGUCGACCGGGUCGUCUCGGAAUCCGACCUCGACUCGCUCCUCCUCCUCUCCUUCCUCAAGACCCUCUUCAAGUCCCUCCUCUCCACCUUCCUCUCCCCUAAAGCCUUCGCUCUCCCCAGCAGCGACAACGACUCCGCCCCCAAUAGCCCCGCGCGGAUACUCCGGGGCUUCGACCGCAUUCGGGAGCUCGACAUUGAGCUCCCCGCCGGUGACCUGAGGCUCGAGAAGGGCACUGUCGUCAGAUACAAGGCCGCGUUUGGGGCGAGUCUGAAGAGCUGCGUGAUCCUGGGAUUCAGCGGGGAAGGGGGCGGCGGCUUCACGGAGGGUUUGAGGGAGAGGGUGGCGUGGGUGAUAAGUGCUCUGAUCACCGCGUCCGCACGUCAUGCCUACGUGGCGAGGGAGGUAGUGGGGCAGCACGGGAACUUGGUGAGGCUCGUGGUGAGGGACAGGGAGGGCGAGGGCGAGGUCACAAUGGACGCCCGCGGCAUCGAGGAGUGCAGGCAGGCCGUUGCCGAGUCAGGAGCCCUUGAGGGCAGCAGGACCGCGCCCAUGGUGCCAAGCGUGAGGAUGAGAAUGAGGCACCUGAAGAUGGCGGAGAUUGGUCCGGGGGUGUGCCUGGAGGGAGCCACGCUGGUGGUCGUGAGACCGAGCGGGUCCCACGGAGAGUGCGGCGAUAACGUGGAGGAUGCCGAUUUGGCGAUGGAGGCUUUCGGGGGUGGGGUGUAUGGCAAUGCGGUGGAGGCGCUGCUCAGGAGCAGGAGUCACAUGCUGGAAAUGAAUUCCCUUUGAAGGAAGGAAGAAAGAGAGUUUACUGCUGGCUUUGUAUUGUAUUGUAUCCUAUCCAUCUGCAGUUCUCUAAUGUAUGUCGCCGACACAACAGUACAUAGCUCCUUCAUAGGAAUUGCCAAAAAUGGUAUAUAUGUAUGUACUGUAUGUAUAGGAUCUCUUUCUUCUCUGAUGUAAAACCAUUAUCACUUGACGAAUUUGAUGAAUCUCAUUGGUGUAUAAUGUUUGUAGUUACAA